AUGCCAAAAGCAAGUAAAGAAUUUGGAUACUCAAAUAGACAUAUUCGGCGAUUACGAAAUCAGCAGACAAAAUUAGAAAUAAAAAAAUUAGCUUAUCACAAUGUUAAUGGGAAAUCAAACGAUGAUCAUGAAGAAUUAAACGUAAAUUAUAAUAAAAAUUUUGAAAAAUCCGAAGAAAACAUUUAUGAUGGAGAUAUUUCUAACGACGAUAAUUUUUCUAUUGAUGAUGAUGAUGAUGAUCAGAUGAAUUUUUCACCGGAUUCAGACAGCGUAACUGAGUUCUUUAAUUUUGAUGAAACGAACAACUUCAAAGAAGAAAGUAUGCAUACUAAUUAUUUGGACAUAAAUACUAUUGACAGUGAUGAAGAUUCAGAAUAUUCGACAGAUUGUGACAUGAAAAAAAAAGAAUUUGAUUUUAAUUUGUCAGACAGUGAUUCUGACAGAAACAAUAACACGAGUCCUAGCUCUUCCGAGUCCGAAGAAGAUGAAGGUGAAGAAGAAAAAUCUUAA